CUUAAAACAUUUGCUGUGUUUCUGAUGAAUUAUUUGUUACUUUUGUUUGUGGUACUUUUGAAUUUUUGUAUUAUUUGUUUUCACAGUCUGAGCUCAUUUCCUCAAAGGCAUGCAUCUACAUUAUUCAAAAAUUAUUCACACCAAUUUAGUAUUGUUUUCGUAUUUGGCAAAAUAAUAUUUAAAGAACGAUAUUAUCUUACUUCGAUUGGAUAUUUUGUUAUUUUGUUUUACCAAGAAGAAUAUUGACAAUUUUUACAACAAAAUUUCAGUCCUUUUCCCAUGGGGUCCCUCCAAACUAUUCAGACAUUGCUGUCAAAUUAAUACCCUAAACUCAAUAAUCGACAUUUUUUUGAAAGCAAGAAGAUAAAUGAUCCAUAAGCUUGAUCAAACAACCUUCGGUCUUUCAACGCUUGUCUUACAGCAUUUCUUCGUCAGCUCAAUUCGUGCUGAAACCACAGUUCUGUCUUGCAACAACUGUGUGCUGGAAACUAAUAAUAUUCAAUUAUAUAUGCAUGAAAGUAUUUUUGAAAAGAAUUCCCGCUGAGCUUUUCAAUUCGACUUGAACAAGCGGUGGAAAUUUAUUGGGGAAUAUAUAAGCCUUUGUUUUUCCCGAAGAACUUGUUGUCUUUCUGGUAAGUGAAAUACUGUACAAGCCAUAUUUUACUGACGUCUCAUUUAUGUUGAAUACUUGAGCGAAAUUGAGAGAGAUCUUUGGUACAGAAAAUUUAUUGAAUUCAACGUGUUCAAGUACACUUGUACAGAACUUUCACUUGUCUGUUGACGCGGCUAUCAUUUUAAGUGAAAGUUAUCGAAAGAUGGCUGGAUCAACUGCGAUGCUUGUCCUUCCUCUAAUAUCGUUGUUUCAAUUUACCACAGGGCAAGUAAAUCAAAUACCACGUUUUCAAGACCUUCCUCAUGGGUUUACAGUUGACGAAAAUGCAAAAGCAGGAACUCUUGUUGCCAAUCUCACUGCGGUGGACCACGAGGGUCAGAAGGUGACAAUGCUUUUAGAUGGAGUUGGCCAAGAUUUAUUUAUCAUUGUCGAUCAAUAUGGUAAUAAAAAUGACACUGGGCUCAGUCCCCUCACGCGAUAUUUACUGUUAAAAAAAGAAUUGGACAGAGAGGCGCGGGACAGCUAUGUUUUUAAGUUGAGUGUUAAAGAUUAUUUUGCAGAUUCUGGGAGAGAGUCUAAAAGACACAUGAGUUUGUCUGUUCGUGACGUGAAUGACAACAGUCCCGUCUUUCUAAAAACACCAUACAUCACCAGUAUCAAGGAGAACACCGCAAGUGAUAAUUUAUGGAAAGUUGAAGCAGACGAUGCCGACACUUCAAUUAAUGGAUACGUUAACUAUUAUUUUACUGAGGAAUGUGAAAAAACUGAUUGCGAGCCAUUUGAAAUCGAUGCUCUGAGUGGAGAAGUAAAACUAAAGACAAAUAGAACGUUGGAUUAUGAGAAAAGAAAUCGUUAUAAUCUUGACAUUUUAGCGAAGGAUAAUGGAAAGCUCGUGUCUUUAAACUCAACCACAACUUUGGUUGUCAAAGUCGAAGAUGAAAGUGAUCAGCCUCCUGAAUUUGAAAAAUCAUCGUAUCGAAAAGACAUUGAUGAAAAUGAAGCAGUUGGAACAGAAGUCAUAAAAACCACAGCUUUUGAUGGAGAUCGUGGCAUUGAUAAACCUGUCAAAUAUGCAAUUGUUCAAGGUGACAACAGUCAUUAUUUCAAGAUUGGUAAUUCUACUGGAACAAUAUACGUCGAUUCCAUCAUCGACAGAGACAUUGGAAUCGAUUUCUUUGAACUGACGGUUGAGGCGACAGAAAUCCCAGGAAAUGCGACAGGGAACACGACAGUAUUUAUCACAAUCCAGGAUCUCAAUGACAACAAACCAGAAUUUCGGACUGAGGGUUUUACAUACACAGCCAGCAUCCCGGAGGACACGCCCAAGGGAACGACGAUAUUCUUUCAAAUGGGUGCUGAGGAUAAAGAUAGAGAGGCUAAGAAUGCUAAAUUUCAAUACUCUUUAUCGGGUGACACAGACCAUGUGUUUCGCAUCGAUCCAAGGAUUGGUCGUAUUGAACUAAAUAAAACAGUUGAUUUUGAGAUGAAGCAACAAUAUACGUUCAUGGUAAUUGCGUCCGAGACUGACUCUGUUGAGAAAUUUUCAGCCAAUCAAACGAUUAUCGUAAACAUCACCAACAUCAAUGAUUAUGACCCAAAGUUUAAUGAAAGUCAGUACAACUUAACGGUGGCAGAAGGUGCAAAGAUUGGCGCUGAACUUGGAAGGAUUAGGGCUUACGAUGAAGAUGAUGGAAUUUUCGGAGUAAUAACUUACUCUCUGUCAGGAAAUGGAGCAGAGAAGUUUUCCGUGGACAAAAACAAUGGAACGAUUUCUGUAGCGAGUGAGUUAGAUUUUGAAUCCAAGGAAAGUUACUCCAUCAGACUUGAAGCCAAAGAUGGUGGAAACAAGAUUACUGAAGUAUCCGUGAUUAUUGUAAUCACCGAUGAUAAUGAUAAUGUUCCGAUAUUCGAUCCGCCGGGCGUGACCACUGCCACACUUGACGAAAACAAGAGUGGUGGGUUUUUUGUCGUUGUUAAGGCAACAGAUGCUGACAUUGGUGCAAACGGUGAAAUAAAAUACUCUAUUACUGGUGGCGAUCCUCUGAAAAAUUUCACCAUCGAUACAGUAACCGGCAACAUUACCAACACGGGACCACUCGAUUUUGAAACACAAUCUGAAUUCACAUUGGUUGUAAUGGCGAUGGAUCAGGGGACUCCGUCUCUUAAUACAACAAAAGUGGUCAAAAUCACAAUCAAGGAUAAAAACGACAAUCCUCCGUAUUUCAACCAAACUUCGUUCACAGUUUCCUUGCUGGAAAACACUGACAUUGAUUAUCCUAUCGUUCAAUUACAUGCAUUUGACAAAGAUACCGGCGCCAAUGCAGAGCUUGUGUAUUCAAUUGUGUCUGGAAAUACAAGAAAAAUGUUUUCAGUAAAUGCAGAAGGACUUGUCUUGACGCGUAGCUCACCAGACAGAGAAUCCCAGUCGGUUUACACAUUGAAUGUAUCUGUAUCAGACAGUGGCGAUCCAAAGAUGUUUGCUUAUGCAAUGGUGAUUGUAAACAUACUGGAUGAAAACGAUAACUCGCCUAAAUUUGAGAUAACUGUUGACAAGAAAAAGAUCGAGGAAGGAGCCACCACGUUAAAUACAACAGUGGCUAACAACAGUGCCAGCGAUAAUGACUUAGGGCUGAAUGGGACAAUGGAAUACACAAUUGCUGAUGGCAACAGUGAGGGAAAGUUUACUAUGGAUCCUCAAACCGGUGUGGUAACUGUAGCUCAGGAAUUGGAUUUCGAAACCGUCAGAAUUUAUUCGCUAAAAAUCGUGGCGAGCGACAAAGGCACACCUCCCCUCUCUGGAGAAUACCAGCUUGUGGUUGAAGUCCUUGAUAUUAACGAUAAUCGUCCAGAAUUUGGGCAGCCCGAGUACAGCUUCACUGUAACUGAGAAUCGAAAAGCUGGUACAUCCAUUGUCAGACUGAGUGCAAAUGAUAGGGAUAGCGAAGAAAACAAAAAGAUAACAUAUUCCUUCUCACAUGGAAAUCUUGGUUCCGCGUUCACGAUUAACAAUGAGACCGGAGAGAUUUCAACGACAAAAGAAUUGGAUCGGGAGAAUGUUUCUGCAUAUUUUUUGACAGUUAAGGCAAAGGACCAUGGCAAUCCAUCGCUAGAGGGAACAACUAAUAUAACCAUAACAGUUUUGGAUGAAAACGACGAACAACCCGUUUUUAAAAACGCAGCGUACAACAUCACUGUUGCCGAAGACACUGCAAAAGGAACAUCGGUUUACACCGUCACAGCCACUGAUGCGGAUGAGGGGCCCGCUGGUCAAGUCAGUUACCAAAUGCAACAGCAAGGAAAUUUGGAAAAUGGAAAUGCUGUGUUUUCUGUUGGAUCAAUUUCUGGAGAGGUGAAAACUGCAAUAUCCCUGGACUUUGAGAAGCACCACACGUUCACAAUAACCGUGACGGCCUGGGAUAACGGAUUUCCAAAGCAAAGUAGCAAUGUUACACUGUAUAUCACUAUAUCAGACACCGAUGAUAACCCGCCCGUCUUCACACAGAAGUCUUGGUCAGCAAGAGUGAACGAAAACGCAGUACCUAAUGAUACCAUCAUUCAAGUGAAUGCAACUGACAUCGAUUUUGAGACGGCGCAUCGGAAAAUCUAUUACGUCAUUACCAGUGGUAAUGAUGAUGGAGUUUUCGGGAUUGGGUACGAGAGUGGGAUCGUGAACGUCGCAAAUACAACUAACCUGGAUCGGGAAACUAAGGAUGAAUACGAGUUGACUAUCGAGGCGAGAACGUUGAACAAAUUUAAGAAUGACACAGUUCAACGGACAGCGACAGAGUUAACUAUCCAAGUUGAUGACUACAACGACUAUGCUCCUGUGUUUCGAGAAAGCAGUUACAGCAAGAAAAUCCCAGAAAGCUUCGAGUUGAAUGAGGAAAUCCUUACGGUCACAGCAGACGAUAAAGACAUAGGAAAGAAUAGUGAUAUAUCAUACUCCAUUGUAGCUGGAAAUGAUGAAGGAGUCUUCGCCAUCAAUGAGACAACGGGUGUUAUGACUGUUGCAAAGAGACUGGAUCGAGAAAGUGUGCAUACUCACUCCUUGGUUGUAUCUGCAAAGGAUCAUGGAACACCGAGUUUAUCGAGCAAUGCAACCGUGAAAAUAGACGUCUCUGACACGAACGAUGAGAAUCCUGUUCUCAUCGUUGAUCGUACGAUAUUUGAGAUUAUGGAGAAUGCAACCAACGGAACUGUUGUUGCCAAGUUCAAUGCAACAGACGCAGACUUGGGAAAGAACGCCAAGAUUGGUUACAGGAUCGUCAGCGGAAAUAGUGACGGUGUUUUUGAUAUCAAUAAUCAAACAGGAGAACUGUUCAUAGUCAAAGGACUUAACCACGAAUCUGUCCAACAAUAUAAGAUUGGUAUCCAAGCUUAUGACAACGGUGUUCCGAGUUUGCAAUCUAACAUCAAGGUGAUCACGAUAAAUGUCCAGGACACCAACGACAAUCUUCCUUUUUUCCCUGAGAAAAGCGUGAGCUUGAGUGUGUUGGAAAACGAGAAUUCUGGGUCAAAAGUUGGCAGCAUCAAGGCCUCAGAUGCCGAUGCGUCUGCUUUGUUUUACUACUAUAUCAUUGGAGGAACUGGUGCAGAUGUGUUUGCACUCGAUGAAGAGUCCGGGGAAGUUACAACAAAGAAAGUUCUGGAUCGUGAGAGAAACAGUACUUACUAUAUUUACGUGGCUGUCUUUAAUUCCAAGCAAACGCCGGAGUAUAUCGCAACUCUGAAGCCCCCGGAAGGCAGUCGUCGAAAACGUUCAGUGGUGGAAAAUAAUAUACAACUGGUGACGAUAACUAUUUCUGACACCAACGACAACGAGCCAUAUUUUAAAGAGAACUUUUAUAAAGCAGGCGUCUCAGAGAACGCAGAGUACAACAGCAGAAUUACACAAAUCACGUGCAUCGACAAAGACGCUGGUAACAAUAGCAAACUAAUUUACAAAGCUGUCGACCUCCAACCAGCGGAACUAUUAACGGUUGAGCCGGAAACUGGAUGGAUUCUUGCCGGACAGCAACAAUAUUUUGCGAGCGGCGUUGGAAAGAAAUACUCGUUUGUAUAUUCCUGUGAAGAUUCCAAGACCGUCGCAAAGACUAACGUUACGAUAUUCGUGUUAGUUGAUGAUCAAAGGGUUCGCCUAACAUUGGGUAUAAACGAUACUAAGUUCGUUCGAGACAAUAUAGAUGAGAUAAAGAAAGCACUCGACGAAGCAACGGGGUUAGAGUUUAAUGUCGACAGCAUUCAAUAUCACCUUCAGAGCAAUGGAAGAUACGACUUGUCGAAGACGGAUAUCUUCAUGCACGCGGUAGAUCCUAAAACGAACAAGGUUGUCAGCAAAGAUACGGCUAUAAACCUGAUCGAUACGAAUUAUGGCAAGCUCAUCGCUCUGUUCCAAAAAUACAAAGUGAAUGCAGUUGAGCCUAAAAAGCCGGAUAGCGAAGGCGAAGGAUUUGACGCCAUCUUAGCAGCCGCUAUUGUCCUAGCUGUGAUUUUGUUUAUUAUAUUAUUAUGUUUCUUGUGUGUCAUUUGUCUCAUGAGACGAAGUCACAACAGGAAAUUACGAGCAGCCAAAGCGAUUGGUUCUCAAGAUCAAACCUAUGGCGUUGCAACACCCGGUACAAAUCUACACGUGUUCGAAGGAUCAAAUCCAGUUUGGAUGGACCCUUAUGACAACUGGAGGAGCGAAGAUGAUAAAAAUAGCAGCAGUGCUAAAAUUUACGAAGCCCAGGAAGUUUCAAUGGAUAUGUUUCGUGAUGGAACCCCGGAUGCUCGCGUGAUGCCAGGCACUUUCUAUGAAUCGUCGUACAAUGGUGCAGCCUACCAUCCUAAUGGUAUCCUAAAUCUCACCAUGCCAGAAGACGAUAAGGAUGAAGUUACAGAUAUUUGAAUCAUUAUAAUAAUGUCUCAGAAUCCAUUCUGAUUACUAGCUAGAAUACUACAAUAUAGUUGUUUCAAGCCGGUUGUACAAAGGGUGGAAGGCGCUAUCCACCUUGUAGUAUUUUUUCAAUCGAACAAAAAUAACCGUACAAAAAUGGUCCGACAAAUUUUAUUAUCAUUCACUUUAUAGUAUUCUCAAUUUUGAUUGGUUAAUUUACCUGCAGUUAACUGCGUGCAAAUAACACUCAGCUGCAAAUAAUACUCUGAGCAUGCGCAUUAAUGUCAAUUUUAUAAACAAUGGCGACUCGCUUUGCCGAACUGUCCGAUAAAACGAACUCAAAAUUGAAAAUUGAGUGGUGAAUGAAUUGAAAAUUGAGUGGUGAAUGAUAAAACAAUUAUUGAACUCGG